AUGGUGUGCGGGUGCAGGUUGGUGCUGGUGGUGGCUCUGCUGCUGUGUUUGGGUGUGCAGUUGUCUGUCUCUCAGCACUGGUCUCAUGGCUGGUAUCCUGGAGGAAAGAGAGAGAUCGACUCCUACAGCUCACCAGAGAUGUCGGGGGAGAUUAAACUGUGUGAAGCGGGAGAAUGCAGCUACCUGAGACCCCUGAGAACCAACAUCCUGAAGAGCAUCCUGCUGGAUGCCCUCAUGAGGGAGCUCCAAAAAAGGAAGUGAUGUCACACUGCAGCAUCAAGGCAGUUACCAUGGAAACCCCAUCGUGGGAACAAGCACAUUUGUUUACGUUUAUGUUAUAGUAUUUCUUAGCUUUCCAUUCUUCUUUUGCGAAUCAACUCUGUUUGUGCAUCAUGUGACCAUUUAGCACU